AUGCUUACUUCUGAGCGAGUUCUUGCUGGUGGGAAUGGCCAUCAAGUGCAUCUACGACACGUGAAGAGCGAACCGCUAAAGACGGUGGACGAAGUGGAUAGCCCAGCACCAUCAGAAAGUGUGGUAGAGGGUCCGACGGAAGAAAAGAAAGUUGACCACGACGAUACUAGGGGAACUACUACUCGUCCUCAACAUGCUCCCAUUCAUGGACACCCACCGACUACUUCUCAACACUCAGCAACGCACCUUCAUGGACCACCACCACCACCACCACCAGCAAGUAAGACUGAAGCCACUCCUUCUAUUAAGGCUCAACUUUCAGUGGUCAUUGAGGUUGGUCACUGAGAUCGAAGAGGGGGCCCCUUCUUGAGAGAACCAACAGGGGAAAUAAAAGAAAGGAAAGGGGGAGAGCUUUGAAGCCUUCAAAGCUCUCCCCUUUUCCCUUCUUUUAUUUCCCCUGUUGGUUCUCUUCCGUUCCGCAUCAGUGACCACCGACUGCUGACCUUUAAUUCUAGUACUGAAACACCUACGGAUGAUGCUCUUGAUCCACUCUCUUUUCCAAGUACAUCUGCGUCUGGUAAGAACAACAACUCAUCUUCGAGUACACCAGCGACCACUGCACUUCCACUCUCUUUUCCAAGUACAUCUGCGUCUGGUAAGAACAACAACUCAUCUUCGAGUACACCAGCGACCACUGCAUCUUCGAGUGUAGCGCCAAUAGACGAUACUCGUCGACCAAUAGACGGUAAACCACGUAUCGUGGUCGCGGACUCGAAUUCACCUGCAUUAGCUAGUCUUCAGGUUCAGCCUGUCCCAUCCUCACGUCGAGUGAAGAACACUUACAACUACAAGCAAGACUCCCUAACCAGUGCGUCGCGACAAGCGAGUUUGAUGUCCGUUCGUGCCCUUCGGAGCCUCAUUGCAGCAAAACGUAAUGGUACUGCAGAUGUCGUGGUAACGCCUUCUUCUCACAAUGCUUCUUACAAAGGCGUGAGUGCAGAGAUCGUGGUAACGCCUUCUUCUCACAAUGCUUCUUCCAAAGGCGUGCCCUCUAGCACGACUAGUGCAACAAAUAAUCAUGGUGCUGUUCUUAAUAUUAAAAAUGCGAAGAUGUUGAACAAACCGAAGGAGCCUCAGCAGGCCCGAGUAGAAACCACCGCCACUACAGUAAAACCAAACCAUAACCUCCACGGUCGCAACCGUCGCGAACACGAAAUAAUAGAGGCUAACAAGAGUAGAGUAGAUGUCAACUCCAACAAGAGUAGAGUAGAUGACGAAGCCACUUUUACAGCCACACCAGGCACUACAGGCUAUGACCAGGGGGAUUUUCUGCAUCAAGUCCGAGAUAAAUUGGUGCAGUGGAAACGUGCGAAGAGUCGUCCCCUGCAUGAAAAAGUGUCAGAGAAGCUCCUGGAAUGGUCAAGAAAGCACCCGGAGGAUGAAAACUCAUCAUAAGAAAGGACGCACAAAGAAUGCUUCGUACAAAUCUGUUCCUACUUUUUCGAUGGCUUCACUUUUUCAGUCACAAACGCUUUGAGCACGAGGUCGAGGACCAGUAUCAGUGUCCCACUUUAUUCUCUAUUCUAGUUGUACUAGUAAGUACUUAAAACAUCAACAUCACUCUGUAUUGCGUAAGCUGGGUAGAAGACUAACUCAAUUAUGGCAAUCGUUUUUUUUAUAUUGUGUCAACAAGAAAAAUCUUCUAGCAAUAACCUUCAAGAAAAGGAAUGUCAGCAUUUAUUCGAAUAUAUCGUCGCAAAUUUAUCAUACAUUGUGUUUUGGUUUUUUGUGCAGCACCACAACUCGCCCACUUGUUUUGUAGAUAGUUUCAUUUUCCACCCUAACCCAAUCCGAGGCAUCAAAGAAAAAGAAAUAGUACAAAGUUCGAGUUUGUAAAGGGCUUAGUUGCUAAAUGCUUGGUUGAUCAUUCAUAUACGACACCAGCAGAUAAGGACAUGAUCAUGGGAGCAGAAAUAUGAACAAGUGUCCACCUCCUGGUGAAUGACGAUGAAGAAGGUGAAUGACUUCACCAGGAGGUGGACACUUGUUCAUAUUUCUGCUCACAUGAAAAGAAAAUAUAAUUAGCCUAGUAACAAGUUCGUUGAUGUACGUUAAUCUUCGUUCCCAGAGUAGUGGGUACAUUCUUUCAUUCAAUCUGCGUUCCCCGAGUAGCAGUAGAAGAAGGUUGUUUCAAAAUCUGUAUUAGAAGUUGCGAUGUACACUAUUCGUGCUGUAGUAAAGAAGAAGCAGAAGAUGAUUGUAGAUACAUAGUUGUACUCUACGUACUAUGUUUCUUCCAGUCUUAAUUUUCUGAUUAGAAGUGCUGUCCUCACAAGAAGAACUACUCCUCACCAUGUGGCAGUGACUGAGACAUAGUGUCAUGUGUGGAGGUUGUGGCAUUGUUUUGCAGACCUCCAAUUUGAAUUUGAGUUAAGUACUUUUGAAUACUGGUGGUCGCGUCGGUUCGAUCGUUGAUGCGAUGUUUCUCUAGCUCUACUUGCAAGAACUAAGUACAUAACUACGUAGCUAUGCGUAGGGCUGAGGCGGGAACGACCCCCCUAAUCCUAAUCCUAAUGCGAAUAUAGACAUCAUCUUGAUAAACAAAACGGAACUGUGUAGAAGAAGUAGCUUAAAAAGCUUACCAGGAGUAAGUGCAACUCACACUCAGUCACAACUGCAUCUGUACGUGUACCUCUUGGAAGAACCGACUGUCUGUGAAACAAGCAACUUGUUGGUAAGCACCUAAAAAUUACAUCCUGUCAGGCGUGGUCUAACUGCAUCCUGGUGGUUGUUUGUCAGACGACUCUAUCAUAAUUCCUGCUGAUCCGGUG